AUGGACGAUGCUGACGAUGACUAUUGGAACACAAGUGAAACAAAAGCACAAGCGCUUAUUUUUGAUGACGAUGUGUUAUCACCGCAAGAGAUUCUCGCUAUAGGCCAGAAGCCGUACAGUGGAGAAAAAGAUGGGGGCGUGUUCAGCAGUGUCAUCAGUGUGAAGACUACCUUAUUGCCUUUGAAUACUCUUGUUGCUCCUAAAGUAUUAGAUUUGAUCGUACAGGCCCAAUCUGGAAAGGAGCCUAAAGGAACAAAGCGUGAAUUGGAGCAGACAGUAGCAAACAGCAUCCAGCGACUGGUCCUAGGCCGCAGCUGCUGGCUUCAAACGCACCGCAGUCGACGAUCGAAAACAGCACUGCUGGAUGCUGCCAUAGCUGUGGGGGAUGGGAAUUCUAUACUUACAGUGCUGCUAUUCCUUAUCCAGACUUUAAACAAAAGAUUGGUCUACGAGCUGUUGUCUUCACGACCAUUGGCCUUGAACCUCUACAUCAGCUUUCUUCAGAACGAAGGCAAAAUUACUGAACUCGCCGAUUUACUCACAAUGCUGGGGAGGAGUCCAGAAGCCGCAAUGUACCAAUUCCAACACCACGUGAAAACACAAGGCAACAACGUAGACGGUCUUCUGCGCAAAAUGAGCAAUCUACUUAGCAACCAUUUUGAUCAGCCCGGAGUCGACGCUUAUCAUUGCAAAAUGGUGGCUGAGUACGUCAAAUUAUUGGAAUGGCAGAAAUUCACAUUAAAGGCAGAACUGAACAACAAAUCAACCCUAUAUUGCCUGGCGUAUUGCUGUUUGCAUCACUGGCACGAAGGCGCAGGCAAUAUUACAUCCCCGCUCACACUAUGUCAGCGCCACCAGGUUAGUCCAAUUCAAUACGAUUGGGUGGCGCUCAACGUCCACGCGAAAGCUGGCAAGUGGGACAUCGUGGAAUCGUUCUUUACCAAAAAGGACUGGCUAGGCCGUACCACAUUGUCAUCUCACAUUCCAAUGGAAACCCUUCUGUCUAGGUUGAGCGAGCUAGAGGCAAGCAAGCAGUUGUUAGCCACUUGUGUUCAGAAAGCAGGAGAUGACAAACUCAGACUGGCAUUGGCGUAUAAGAUACAUUCUGUAGUAAUUGAAACGCUAGCAAAGCAAAAGGACCGCGCUGCUCUAACUAACUACAAGAUGACCCUAAGCCCCCAGAGUGAGGAGUAUAUACUCGCUGAAAAUACACUGAGAGAUACAUCAAUAAAAUGGAAGAAUUAAAGAAGAACGAAAUGUAUGGUACUAAAUGUUGUUAAUAUAUACUAAAGGUCUGUUUAUGCUGGCGAUUUCAACGCGACGUUUUUCUGGAGAGCAGAACACUUUACUCAGACUGAAUUUUUGUAUUCUACAGUUAUAUUAACAAAAUACUUGUUUUAUUAUUGUACGUCUAUGCUAUGAUAUUGACGAUCUAGUGUUGUACGACUAUGAAUGACAAAUAGUAAUAAAUAU